GGACUUUUUGGCCUAGAUCUGUUCCAGAUAGCCUUGAGGAGAUCCGAUAAGGAAACGGAGGGGAACGCCAAUGCACGCGUUUUGCUGACCCCUGCCGCGGCCUCACCCAGCGGCGCUGCAGUCACCAGCGAGCCAGAGCAGUCUGUUCGGCGCACCGCUGCAAUCCCUCCCGGAGCUGCGACCACUUCUGCUCCUCUCGGCGCCGAGGAACAUGGCGGCACCUGAGGCAUCUAUAUCGUUGGAGGCCGCAACCUCGGCAGUAGCGAAACAUGUGCAGGGCGAUUCUGACACCCAAGAAAUCAAAUCUAUACUACCAAACAGUGGACCAGGGUGGGGCAGUUCCAGUGACAACAGUUUGACGCAAGUUGUUACUAUCAAGACAGAUGUGCAGGGCGAUUCUGACACCCAAGAAAUCAAAUCUAUACUACCAAACAGUGGACCAGGGUGGGGCAGUUCCAGUGACAACAGUUUGACGCAAGCUGUUACUAUCAAGACAGAUGUGCAGGGCGACUCUGACACCCAAGAAAGCGAAUCGAUACUGCCGGACGAUGGACCGGGGUGGGACAGUUCCAGUGACAACAGUCUGACGCAAGCUGUUACUGUCAAGACAGAGCCUCAGGUUUCUGAAGAGACUCUAGGACAGCACAGCACGGCAGUGGCCGUUAAGAUUGAGCCGCCAGAUCCGACAGAAGUCCGCACCGAGGCAGUUUCCACGGGGACGGGGUUGGACGGUUCCAGCGGCAACACUGCGAUGACGGCUGUUACUAUCAAGACGGAGCCACCAGAAUAUGUUGAACAGGACAAAGAGCCUGGCAGUAAUCUUGUAUCCGUUAAAUCAGAGCCAGAGUGGUACGAGGAAGUUUGGGAACCUGGGAACCCAGUGCCAGCUCUUACGAAAGGUGAAGCACCAGAUUACACGGACGUGACAAAGGUUACGUUUCACACAAAUCCAGAGCCGCAGGUCUCCGAAGGGGCCCAACAAUGUGGCAACGCAAUGGUGGCCGUCAAGACUGGUCUGUUGUCUCAGUGUCAUUUCACAGCUAGGUGCGAUUCUGAAUGCUGGAACCACCUCUUGUGUGCAGAGCCUCAAGAUCCGACGGAAGCCGACGCUCUGGCGAUUUCUUCGGGGGCAGGUAUGUAGCUGCGCUAUUCGUAUGGCG